ACGCCCGAAUCUAUCGAAAAAAGAGAUUCUUUGCGUAUAGAAUUGGAACGUCGAGGUUUUGAGGAUUUUUUGAAAAGAUUGGAUAUUAAGAGAAAUGUAUUGCCUGACUCCUUAAGAAGACAAAUCGAUACUUAUGUGAAGCAAAAGAAGUUUGAUCAAGACAAAAUUCGAGCUUUGGAAAGCACAAAGAGACAGAGUAUCUUACAACUGUAAUGCAUAUUUAUUCGUAUACAAUGAUAUCAUUCUAACAUUUCGCCCCUUCUUUAUAGUCAACCAGAUGACAUGGUUGCAUCUGCACUAAAGGUUUUCUAUAGUGACCCCGAAAUUUACUAUCUGGUGGUAGAUAGUAUAAGCGAAUUAAUUACUGUAGGAACAAGCCAACUAUCCACUAACAAACGAUUCGUGCAAGAUAUCUGGAGUGUCAUUCAUAUCUUUGCUAAACAUUUGAAGCCCAUCGGAACAAAUAGCGACUUUCAAAUGGCACUUCAACAAUUUAUGGUUUCUAUACAACCCAUUGUUGGUAAGCUUGUGCCUGUUGAUGAAGGCGGAGACGAAUUUCUACCCAGUCGUACGUCUACCGAAAUCAAUAGUGCACCAGCGCCUACCAAUAACCUGGAGGACGUUGAAGGACUAAGAAACAUGGUCGAAGAAUUAAAGGAUAGCUUCCAAAAAAGUCAAGAAGCAACUGCAAAAAUACGUAGGGAAAAGAACGAAUUGUUAAUGAAAAUGAACAAGGCCCUUGCAGAUAUCCAAGAAAAAGAUGAUCAAAUUGCAAGAAUGCAGAAAGAUCAAGUGACAACAGUAAUAUCACCUGAGGUCAAAGGACCCAUGAUGGUACCUGAUUCAGCACCACCACCGCCACCUCCUCCACCACCGCCACCACCACCACCGCCAGCUCCGCCAGCUCAGCAAGUAGAUUUUUAUCCAGUUGUAAAGAGAAAAAACUUGGUGAAGCGUAGCGACUCUCAUCGCUCAUCCCGUUAUUUGCAUCCUCUGGCCCUCAAUCUCUGUUUUCCUAACCUCAAAUCGUUACAUGAAAGUAGUGCAACUGCACCAACCCAUGUUGUUUCACCUACAGAAGGCAGUUUUAGAAUAGCAGACACCGAAGAGCUGUUUAAAAAGCCAGCGCCAACACUUGUAAUGAAGCAAUUCUUUUGGUCCAAGUUACCCAUGGAUAAAAUUGGAAAUACAGUUUGGAAUGAAUUAUCCACUCAAAAACCAUUAGACUUUAGCAGUGAAAGCUCUAGCUCCAGUGACGAUGAUGAGGAUGAUAUGCUUAGUACACCUACGUUACACGAACUAGAUACUGUCGAGCUGGAAAAAUUGUUCAAAAAGAAAAGCAACAAUAGUGCUAAUCGAAAUGUAACUGAUGCUGUGGCCGUCCGAAAACAAAAUUUAGUUACAUUAUUGGAAUUUAAUCGAGCAAACAACAUUGCAAUUAUGUUGGCUAAAAUUAGACUGCCUUAUCCUGAUAUUCGGGAUGCCAUUUGGAAUAUUGAUGAUCACAGUCUUACUACAGAUAAUUUGAUGGCAAUACGACAAUAUAUCCCAACCAAGGAGGAAAUCGAAAUUGUCAAGGAGUAUAAUGGUGAUAUUGAUCUUUUAGGAAACGCAGAAAGAUAUUAUCGUUCGAUCAUGUAUAUUCCAAGACUGGCUGAUCGAGUUAGUUGUAUGAUCUUUCGUCGUCGUUUCAAGCAUGAAUUGGAGGAAAUUUUGCCCGAAUUAGAUACUAUUCAGAUGGCUAUGACAGAGCUAAGAGAAAGCACUAGAUUUAAACAAGUGCUCAAGACCGUGUUAGCUAUUGGUAAUCAUUUGAAUGGCCAAACAGUUCGAGGUAAUGCUUGUGGUUUCCACUUGGAUGCACUUUUAAAGAUGAGAGACACGCGAGCGGAAGGUGAAGGAAUCAGUAACGUUCCUACUUUGCUGCAUUAUUUAGUCUACUUUUUAUCAAAGUCCGAUGACGAUGUUGUGAAUUUUCGACAGGACAUUUCGCACUUGCAAGCAGCAGCCAAACUGUCUCCACCCACAUUAUUUGCUUGUGUCAAUUCAUUAAAUGGCAGUUUAACACAAAUUAAGGAAGAAUUACAUACAAACCGAAGAAGAAAGACAUCUGAACUUCAGAUUGACCGAUUUGCAGAGGCUAUGGAAGAGUUUUUAUCUGAAGCUGAGCCUAUUGUAAAUGAUCUCAAGUGUAUGACCAAAGAUAUUGAAGAAAAACUGAAAGAAUUGAUUGUGUAUUAUGGUGAAGAUCCGAAUACAAUUAAAUCCGAAGAGUUUUUUGACAUUAUUUCGACGUUUUCAAACUCAUUUGAGGUAAGAUAUUUGGGCUGAUACAAGUUCUAAACUGACUAUGGAACCUAAUAGAAAG